AACUCAUUUAACCCAUUCCAAACCAACAUUAAAUCCUCCGCGGGUACAUCGUACCACAACUCUCUUUGUAUAUUGCGAGCUAUACCGAUCGAUCCCUCUCUCCACCCAUUCUUUGAUCUUCGAGAUCUGGUGGUGUUUGUCGGCGAUGAUGGCCGGAGGUGGAACGCAGCAGAGUUUGAGAAAGUAUCUCGGAGCCAUCAAGGAUUCCACCACCGUUGGGUUGGCCAAAGUGAAUAGUGACUACAAGGAGCUGGAUAUUUCGAUUGUUCGGGCUACGAAUCAUGUUGAACGACCAGCGAAGGAGAAGCACAUAAGAUCUAUCUUUUACGCUAUUUCAGCCACAAGACCUCGUGCCGAUGUGGCCUACUGCAUUCAUGCUCUUUCCAGGCGUCUUGCAAAGACACACAAUUGGGCGGUUGCAUUGAAGACGCUAACAGUUAUUCAUCGUGCUUUAAGAGAGGUUGAUCCCACUUUCCGUGAAGAACUGAUUAACUAUGGAAGAAAUAGAGGUCAUAUACUAAACAUGGCCCACUUCAAGGAUGACUCCAGUGCAAAUGCAUGGGAUUAUUCUUCUUGGGUCCGUACAUAUGCAUUAUUUUUAGAGGAGAGGCUUGAAUGUUAUCGUGUGCUUAAGUAUGAUGUAGAGACAGAUCCUCCAAGAACCCGAGAUCUCAGUACUUCUGAGUUGCUUGAGCAAUUGCCAGCUUUACAACAACUUCUUUAUCGUUUACUUGGUUGCCAACCACAAGGGGCCGCUGCUUAUAAUAUUGUCAUCCAAUUGGCACUUUCUAUGGUUGCUGUGGAGAGCGUUAAGAUCUAUAAUGCCAUUAGUGAUGGUACAGUUAACUUGGUUGACAAGUUCUUUGAAAUGCAGCGCCAUGAUGCUGUUAAAGCACUUGAUAUAUAUAGAAGAGCUGGCCACCAGGCAGGGAGGUUAUCAGAAUUUUAUGAAGUAUGUAAAACCAUUGAUAUCGGGCGAGGAGAAAAGUUUAUAAAGAUUGAACAGCCCCCUGCAUCAUUUCUGACAGCAAUGGAGGAUUAUGUGAAAGAUGCUCCAAGAGCUUCAGUUCGCAAAGAUAAGGUUGCUGAUGAGAAAAAUGAAGCUCCAAAAGUAGUGUUAGCCAUAGAAUAUAAGCCAACUGCUGAAGUAGAGGAGGCUGCUCCUCAGUCACCUCCACCUCCACCUCCACCGCCUGAACCAAUCAAAGAGGAAGCCCCAGUGGCCGAGCAAACAGAUUUGCUUGGGUUGAGUGAUAAUGCAAACCCAGAUGCAACUGAACUAGAUAACAAAAAUGCACUGGCACUCGCCAUUGUUCCCGUUGAUAACCCAUCAACUGCUACUCCAUCUAGUGGUUUUAGUGUAGAGAAUGGAACCACUGGGUGGGAACUGGCACUGGUUACAGCUCCAACCUCCAAUGAAACUGCUGUAGCUUCAAGCAAACUGGCUGGCGGGCUGGAUAAACUCACACUAGACAGCUUAUAUGAAGAUGCAGACCGACGGGCAAACCAGACGGUGAGCUACAAUCCUUGGGAGCCAGCACCAAUGACUACUCCUGUGAUGCAACAACCAAUGGCUCACGACCCAUUCUACGCCUCGAAUUCAGUUGCUGCACCGCAUUCUGUGCAGAUGGCUGCAAUGGCACAACAACAGCAAGCUUUUGUGUUGCAGCAGCAAAUGAUGAUGAUGGGUCAACAAUCAUAUCAAGCUUCUUUGAAUCCAUUUGGUAGUCCAUAUUCAGGUGCUAGUGCUCAUCCAUAUGCUCCAGGGAUACCUCUUCAGGCAUCCAAUGGAUACACAGGUCUUCUUUAGAUGAUCAGUAGGAGUUUUCUGUUGAAGAUGUUAGUAGAGGCCAAAAGAAGGAUAUAUAUAUAUAUAUAUAUUUGCUGAGGAUACAGGGGUGCAUUGAUUCAUGGUGGUGAUGUAUUUGUUGGAUAUAUGUACACUAUGCAAUGUAUGCUUUAUGUGCAGUGAGAAAUAUUGAGUUGGUAGUUUGAGAGAGACUUUGUAAUUGAUUAUUUGUGAAGAUGCCCAAUAAUGUGCUUAGAUUUUUGUUUUGUUUGAA